GGUUUCAAUGAUGAACGAAGAAGACGAAGACUCCUUCCGUCACAGUUUAGAGUUUGGGGGGAAAAACGUGUUCUAAGAGGCUUCUUUUGUCGUGGUUAAAAUUGACAACGGUAUUGCCGUUAACUUUAUCGGUAAAGUACCAUACCCGGACAACGUAUUCAUGCGAUAAAUGACUUGCUUAAUUGGACCCGUCUACCGAGCGCCAUUUUAAGGUCACUAUGACCAGAACGCAAAUAAAAAUAAUGGAUAGGAAUGAUUUGGCCAUGACGCAUGAAGAGCUCCAAAGUUCGAUUUCGGAGUCCGUGCCAAAAAUGGAUGUGACCCCUCCUGAUCUACUGGAGCAAUGUAAUGCGAUGAAGUCCCAACUAGAAAAGUGCAAGAAACAGCGUGACCGACUCCUGGAACUCAGCAACAGCUCUGCGACAGCAUAUGAAGCCGUUGUGAAGGAACUCUAUGCCUUUCUGGGAUGGAAAUACACAGACACCGAUUCUGAUGACGAUGUCAUCGAAAUAAGCGAUGGAAUCUCCCGUUCACCGUCAUAUGCGUCUGAGAUAGAUGUUUGCAAUACUCCAAGAAGUGACAGCCCUAUACCGAACAACUACUUGAGUGACAUUGACAGCCAAGUCACUUUAACUAGAGAGGCAACAAAAGUCUUGAGCAAAAGCCAAAUACGGGGUAUACCUGGGGAAAAUCCUGCCAAUCACCAUCGUGACAGUAAACACUCAAGUCCCGUUCCAUCCAAGUCUGACACGCACGACUCCGAUUUUGGUUCACCCGAGUUUGAGAACAGUGCAAGCGAUUCCGUAUUUGUAGAGGAGCCGUCACCGAAAAGGCGACGUAUCAAAAAUCACCAUAGUGACAGUAAACACUCAAGUCCCGUUCCAUCCAAGUCUGACACAUACAACUCCGAUUUUGUUUCAGCCCAGUUUGAUAACAGUGCAAGCGAUUCCGUAUUUGUAGAGGAGCCGUCACCGAACAAAAGGCCACGUAUGAAAAUUAAAUGGCCUAUGAAUACAUCUCCUAGAAAACCAUCGGUGGACCAAAAGAAGAAGGAUGCAAAAACAUCACGUCAAACAAAUGACACCGGCGGCAACGCUAAGACCCCGGAUACACCAAACUCCUCAAGUGAGAGCAGCCUAGGGAGCACUGCAAGCACAAGUGAGACCAUUGAAAAGAACACAAAGUGCAAAAGCAACUCAAGUGGAAGUAACUCCGUGGGCAAGACAAAGGCAACUGGACCAGAUGAUGGAAAAGAAGAGAAAGAUGAUGUCCAGCCAUCUCCCCAAGUUCAAAGUGUGGUGUGCAUAUCAUCAAGCUCCUUGGCCGGCGGGCGUUCUUGUAAGGUGCCCGCACGAGUGCCACAAGCCGAGGUUAAAGUCGGAAUGAAAGUGUUGGCCAAGAAGUCGAAAAUGUGCUGGCAGCGUGGGAAAGUGAUGAAAAUGAUCCAAGUCGCUGAUGAUAAGGUCAAAUAUAUGGUCCAGUUUUACGACAAGACCAAGCGCCUCGUCUCGGCGCACCACCUCGCUUUCAGAAACGCACCCAAGUUGGACUACUUGUACGUCGGCGCCCGAGUGGUGAUCGGCUCCACGUGCAAGGGCCCCCUCUGCUCCGGCAUUUUGGCCGAGUUUCCCAUCAGAAACAACCGUCAGAGGUAUCUCCGACGCGUGUCGCGUAGCGACAAAAGUCGGAUCCGUUUGAUUCCUCUGUUGUUUAGGUUUCUGGCCUUUGCUGACGAUCAAACGGCGCUGUAUGUGGGCAUACCUCAUCUUCAUCUGGUGUACAGACCACUGGAGGACCCUUUGGAAGACAUCAGUGACACUUACCACAGGGAAUUUGUGAAGGAAUACAUCAAGGUCUGGCCUAACCCUCCCCUUGCCCAGGUCAAGUGUGGACAAAGCCUGAACGUGGAGCUCAGUGGAGUUCAGGAGAGCUGUGUGGUUGAGUCGCUCGACUGUAGCCUGAUGCAGAUCCGCUUUGUGGAAAGUCUACGUGAGGAAUGGAUCUACAGGGGCUCGUGGCGCCUGGAAAUCAUGGCUACAAUGAACCAGUUGCAUACGGACUCUUAAUUCAUGUCGCUGGACAAUGAAAGGCACGCGUGUCCUGCCUGUGACAAGCAGUUGCCUUCACCAAACGGGCCAAAGGAAAUCGACUUCUGCUUGAUUGUAAGAUGGAAAGGACCAUAUGAUACGUGUCAAUGUAGUUUGCUGCUUCGUCCUAGUUUGGCUGGCUGGCACCCACCCUUAUUCGUGAAUUGAAAAAAAAUCAAUACUCCAAUCAUUUUUACGUCCCAAUUCAUUUCAGUAACCUAAUAGUUCUCAUGUUUCCUAUGAGCGAUGUGCCGUUAUUGUUACCAUUUGUAUUGUUGCAUAGUAUUUUCGGAAUAAAGUUUUCUUGACGUCCCUCAUUUGUUAGAUGAAGUGCAACAAGCGGCAGCUGAAAAACAUGAUUCGAAAAUGACGGGCAACGUCGUCUGAUUUGCAGCAAAUCCACAGACUGUAGAUCCAAUCAAAUUGCUUCGCUGUCUGAAAUGAAGUACGUAAACUAUUGUUUCAUUGACUAUUUAUUCAAUAACUAAAGGCCUCAAUGGAA